AUGUAUAAUCAAGGCAAGUCUACGUAUAGUCUACACUUUGUCAGAGAUGUACAGGCAAUCAACGAGACUAACAGUUCCAGUUGGACUCUCUGCGUUGUUGAAAGUAGUCAUGUCGUCCAUCAUGCUAUGAAGACUCAGCUACAGGAACUAGUUUGUUUUAUCGGCAUGGCCGCCUGA